UCAAUCUAGGAGAGAUUUUAAUUGUAACCCUAAACAGCAAAUGCUGACAUUUGUCUUGCUUUCAGAUAGUCUCCAGACUGGGCCAGAACAUGACUAAUUUAUUUUAUCUUAUCCAUCUAUCUAGGCACAGGAUUAAAAUAUUUAUAUCAGUCUGUUCACUUUAAAAUGUGCAGUUACAGACACCAGCUUCAGGGCCACUCCUUAAUUUUUCACAGUUUUGGCUUUUCAUUGUUUCCAGAAAUGCACAGUCCUUGAAUGGCAAAUACUUGCAAAUGCUGAUGAAAUCUUUAAGUGGGGAGCCUCUAACUAAUAUGAAAACCUCCUUUCUCAGGCUGCAUGGACGCUGCCCAGCCACGGUGACGGAGCUGUUCCAACGCCUGCUUCCUGAGACAGGCCCGUGAAAUAAUACAGGCUUGAGCCCGGCUUCUAGAAGGAGCACGCCUCUGGCCAGGGUGGCUGGUGGAAACCAGAGCCUGGCCAAGGGAGUCCCGGCCAGGCUGCCAGGUAGGCAGCAGGCGGCAGGGGGUUAAUGUGGGGAGCGGGCAGGGGUGGGGUGGGAAGCCAGCUGGGGAAAUGGGGGCUGCAGGGCCCAGCCCGACCAGGCGCAGACACAGGGGGCUCUGUCUGCCUGCCCGCUGCCCUGGCACUGUGACUAACCGCCCCACUAUUGUGAGUCUGAAGUCAGCCCUUUGUGUCGUCCCCUGGCGUCUGGGAGCACAGCCGAAGAACCCUUUCCAGCAGCCCCCCUCAUUCUGGAACCUGCAGCCCCAACAUCCAUUCUUUCAGCUCUCAGGGUUGCUGGGGGCCGAUGAACCAGUGGAAGCAUCCCCUUCUCUGGCCAGGAAGGGCCACCAGCAAAAAAAGAAGCAGAAAACCAGUCUCCCCUACUCUGGGUGGGGAAGUGGGGGGCACAGGGACCUACUAAACCUGCAUACCUGCCAUGGCAGCCCCUUCUCCACAUGCAGCAACUGAGCCAUUGAAAUGGGGAGAGGCCAAAUCGAAUAUGGAAAAAAUGGCAAAAUAUCCCAUUCACAGUUUCAUACAAGCAACACAUUGAAAUAGGAUUUUGGAAAUUUAUGUUAGAUUAAAAUGAAUUUUAGUACUAAAGUGAAUCUCACCUGCUUAUUUUCACUUUCCAAAAAUGUGGCUAUUAGAAGAUGUUAAAUUACAGAUGUGGCUUGCAUUUGUGGCUCGCGUUGUUUUGUGUGAGCUCAUGGGCUUGGGGGCACUGGGACCUUGAAGGCUGCCUUCUCCUAGGGAGACAAUGGCACUCCCCACCCAUCAUUGUCAGGAAUACAAGGCCCUCGCAGCCACACUGUCUCCUGACCCUGGCCUUGCAUUCCCCUGUUUUGAGAAUUGGGACUUACACACGCAGGUGUCUGGGAAUCCUUUGUCAAACACUGGCAUGCACACGAGUAUGCCUGCAUACCCACAUGCACAUACAUGGACACGUACAGACACACACAGCCCUGGCUCCUGUCCGCCGCAGGCUGGAGCAACCUGUCCCGGCUAGCCUUCAUGGAGGCCAGAUUCACAGGGCACCCAGAUGCUCCUAACCCCACCCCUGGACCCAGACAUCCGACCCUUUGUCCUGGGACAGACAGGACCAACCCAGGCCACACCUGCCUUUCAUCGGCCGGGGCACUUUCGGCUUCCUGGUUCCCUUCCUCCAGGAAUACUAAAAACUCUAUUUUAUGACUGCAUCAGAUUAAAGACUAAUAUAACCAGGUCGAAUUCAUUAUCAUAUAUUCAUUUUUUUAUAGUCGUUUUUUUCUUAUGAUUUUAAAAGAAAUUAAAAUGAAAACAUUUCAUGGACCCUAGGCUCUGUGCCUUGUGGGCAUGUGGGCCCAGACCAUCCCUCUGAGAUCCCUUGCCUGAACCCAUGCCCCUGAGUCUCACCCAGUGAGGAGCACAGGGGGCUUGCCCGCCAUUUGUCCAGUGACCAGAUACCUUGUGAACUCAUUCCUUAAGUCCUGCCUUGAAUGUACAGUGUGUGAAGUCCUCACCAGAUGCCAGAAAACGUUCCACAUUGUUUUUAAAACAGAAAUUAGUCAAGAGGAAGGCCUGGGAUGCCAGUGUGGUUGAAGGCCCCAAGUCAGUGGGCCCCCAAGUCAGGGGGCCCCAAGACCCCCACCCAGUACAGGGCUGGGGUCUCCAAUCAGGGACUUGGACACCAAGUUUAACACCAAGAGGAGGCCAGCAAACAGGCGUGCUGCCCUGGGUAGUGACUGGUACCGUGAGGUGCAGCCUCCGAAGGCACCAGGCCCCUUCCGCCUCCCAUCCUCCACCCCUGCUGCAGGUGCUGUGGGGCCUCCCGUUCUGGAUCGAGGUGCAGAGGAGGCUGGGCUUUCCGGCGUCCCCCAGAACCGGUAUCGGCUGCUCUGGCCUUUCCCUUCCCAGGGUGCCUCGGCGCCAGGCCAGGGCCCAAACCCUGCUCAGGAAGGAGGGCCGGUGCAGGAGAUGGUUAAAAUUCUGCAUCCUUUUUGCAUCCGCCUCCAGAGGAAGCGCUGCUUUUUUUUCGCCCCCCCCCCCACCCCCGAAGCAGGAGGAGGGGGGAAAAAAGCUGAGAGCAGCAAUUUGCAGGCCUUGGGAUGUUUUUCUCCUUGACAGCCCCGGGCCCCGCCUCGCUCCGGCCCUUCCUCCGACUGCGCGCGGCUGGCCCUGUGGCCACGGCUCGGCUCGGUAUCUGCCGCUCCUGCCUGGCCCCCUGCACACGCGUCCUCCGCUCGGAGCCCAGGCCAGCCCCAGCCGGCAGGGAGGCCGGCUGGGGGCAGGCAGGCAGCGAUGCCCGCGUCGGCCGCAGCUGCCUGGCACUGCCCUCCUUUGUGCCUGCCUCCUCUGCCAGCCUCCGCUCCACCCCCCACCCCCACGAGGCCUGCUCCUGGGCCCGGCCGCAGGGCCUGCUGCCCGCAGAGCUCCCACCCUGCGCCCACUUGGGGUGCCCUCACCUUCUGGGCCCCCGGCUCCUGGCCUCAGGUCCUGCUGGUGCCCAGGUCGCCUGGCCCCGUCCUCCGUGCUCUGCGUUCGCCCCACCCUGCUGCCCGAGCUCGGCGGCGAGCCUGGCACCGUGCCAGGCUGCCUGGGAGCCCAGCCCGGGCAGGGCGAACUUUCCGGCGAGGGUUGGUCUCAAACUCCUGGGCUCAUGUCUUCCUGCCUCGGCCUCCCAGUGUGCUGGAAUUACAGGUAUGAGCUACUGUACUCAGCCCAAACCCAGGGCUCUUAACCACCCUACUAUGCACUGUGCUGGCCCCCAGUCAAGGGAGAGAAUUCACGUCAGGCAAAAACGUUUUACAGAGAGGCAGCGAAGUCUGUUCCACAAUGGAUGACACAGUCCCCCUCACAAACCACCCCACAGAUCGAACCCCAAGGAACUCUGCUCCUACAUGUGCCCAUGGGGCAAGGGAUACAAAACACCAGGCAAAGGAGCUCAGAGGAUGGCACUCUUCCAGAGAGCUGUGUGUCUCUGGGAAAACUAACACACCUCUCUGAGCCUGUUGCUACAGCUUUACCAUCAGCGAUGUGACUGCAGGUCUUCUCGGCUGCCUGUCAGCGGAUGCACAGGCCUGUGCACAGGGCUCCACAGGGACCACGCCGACAUCACCGCACACCCACCCUCCUGCUCAUAGGACAGCCCAUUCACACCCGCUUCUCCACCAGCCACAGGCUUCUUGGGAGGACCAGACUCUUUUUUUUUUUUUUUUUUUUG